AUGGCUAUUGAAGGGCUUCUGAUAUUAUCUACGGUACUCCGUCUUAUCGGUGUCUAUUUCGCAUAUUGUACUAUCCGAGCAUUGUAUAAUAUCUCCUCUUUCCACCCACUCAGCCAUAUCCCCGGCCCGAGACUGGCGGCUGCAACAUGGCUAUACGAGGGCUGGUUUGAUCUCAUCCUGGGAGGAAUGUAUACGAAUGAGAUUAAACGGAUGCACGAUGUAUACGGCCCUGUUGUACGCAUUAACCCAGAGGAACUUCAUUUCAACGACAUAUCAUUCGUUGACGAGAUUUACGCCGGAAAAGGCCGCAAGCGCGACAAGCAAGUACACUUUGUCGAGUCUAUGGCUGGACCUGUCCUGUUGUCGAUGUUUGCGACGUUGGGACAUGAUCUUCAUCGCAUUCGACGAAGUGCGGUGAAUAAAUUCUUUUCAAAGGCGCAGAUUGCGAAGCUUGAGUCUAAGAUUAAGGGUCUUGCUAAUGAGCUAUGCGAUAAGAUUAUCCGGCUUGAAACCAACACGGGGAAGCCAUUUGAUGUUACGGAGGCUUAUAGUUGUUUUACUUCCGAUGUGAUAUCUAGUUAUUGUUUUGGGGAGUCGUUUGGGUUUCUGCAACAGGAAAAUUGGCAGCCGAAUUUCAGGAAGCCCCUGUAUGGCGCUCUCAAGGCAGUCUACAUUUUCCGGUUCCUGCCAUUCUCGAAGAUCUUCGUUGACAUAGCACCGCUAUUCGCAGACUGGGUCAAUGAAGACAUGGGCGUCAUGCUCAAAGAAACUAAUGAGAAAAUGCCAGCUCGUGUACGAGAGGCUCGGAAGGCGCAUGAGGCUGGUGUGAAAGAAGACUCUCCGAGUAUCUUCACUGCUCUUCUUGACUCCUCGUUGCCGGAACAAGAGAAGACGGAUCUUCGAUUGGGCGGGGAAGGAUUUUCCAUGAUCGGGGCUGGGACUGAGACUACUGCAUGGACACUCUCCGUUUUGACAGUGUACCUGUUGAAUCAACCUGAAACCUUGGCCCGCCUGACCAAAGAACUCCAAGACGCGGACGCUCUUAAUCUAUCCUGGUUCGCGCUCGAAAAACUGCCCUACCUCAGUGCAGUAUUGAACGAGGGUCUCCGUCUUUCAUACGGCGUCUCGUCACGAGCUCCCCGAAUCGCGCCGAACGAGAACCUCCUCUACCGAGGCGAGUUCCAGGGACGAGAGAUUGAGUAUGUCAUCCCACCGGGUACGCCUAUGGGCAUGUCAAACGCGAUCAAUCACCACAACGAAGAUGUGUUCCCGGACUCGCAUGCUUUCAAACCCGAGAGAUGGCUCGAUCUUGAAGAGGAUGAGAGACAUCGGAUGGAGAAUAGUUUGACAUCGUUCUCGAAGGGCAGUAGACAAUGUCUUGGGAAAAAUCUAGCGUAUUGCAAUAUGUACGUGGGGCUGGCAACUCUGACUCUGCGCCUUUUUCCACGAACAAAGUUGUACGAGACAGACGUGGAUGAUGUGAAAUAUGAUCAUGACUUAUUCGCGCCUGCGCCCAUGUCUACUAGUAAGGGAGUGAGAGUUAUCAUCUCAUAA